CGCUCUCCUGCCUCGCCCGCUGCCGCCGCCGCCGCCGACGGAGCCCCUGCGCUGCCCAGAGACCCCCGAUCCGCCCCCGGAGGGUUCAUGCAGCUGCAAGCGCCAUGGCCAGACCACUGCAGGACGGGAGCCGCGCCGAGCCGACAGCAGCUGUGUCCGGGAGCCCAACCUUCCCUGUGGGGGGGACAGUGGCCCUGCCGCCCCCCCUCUGCCGCGCGCCCCUCGCCUCGCCACCCCGGCUGAACGGCCUCUGCCGCUGCGGGAUCGGCCACGAGACGUUGCGGAUACGCUCCGGGGCCACGCGAGGCGACGCGCCGCCGCCCGCCGCCCCCCGCGACGGCCCGGGGGAGCCCCCGUCCAGCGGAGCCCUGCUCAGGACCCCCGCGCCCGGCGUGGAGAGAGCGAUCGGGGCUCGCCUGCGAGUCCUGGGAGACCAGUUUCAGCGCGAGUACGAGCACAGGGAGCAGCGCCGGCCGCAGGGCGCCCUCUGGGGCCACGUCUCCCACUUCGUCUUCCAGCUGCUGGGCAUCUUGUACAACCUGCCGGCGGAGGGCAUGGCCGGCCUGCGCCCCAACUAGCGUCUCCUCGUGGUCCUCCUGCUGGCCAGGGGGGGAAACCAGCCGGGACUGGAGCCGCCACCCAUCGCUUUCACCCAGGCCACCUCCGCCGGGUGCUGUGACUGAGAGGGGCGGGUAGGGCUUCUUCCUUCUGCCCCCAGCCCAGCAGUGCCUUAAGGAGAGCUGCUCAGCUGGGACGCCAAGCAAGUUAGCACUAUGUCAAUACUGUUCAAUGGAGCCUGUACAGCAGGGGCGGGCGGGUGGGUGGGGGAGAUAAUUGC